AUGGAAAAUAUCCCUAAUGAUUUGAUCAAUAUCGUCAAUUCAUUAGGAGACAUAUUGGUGAAAACAGAGAAACUUCUGGUUGAUGGUGGAGCUGAAGCUGUGGACCUGAUCAAGGAGGGUCUUGAUGCUACCUACAACACCAUCAAUCAAACAGUAUAUGAUAUUGGCAAGGGUCUUAAGCGAGGAUAUGAUAAGGUGACCAGCACCAUUGGAGAGGUGGCCGAUAAAACAGAGUAUGGGGCCAAGAAACUCUUUGACGAAGCCACGAAGGCUACUCAAGAAACACUAAACGGUAUAGGAGAUACUGUGGCGGAGGGUGCUCGCGAAGAGGAAAACUUCGCUGAUAAUGUUGCAAAGACGGGCGGGGAAGUCAUCAACCAGGCUGAGAGCUUCGUCAGCGACACGACUAACACUGUGGCUCACGAGACACAAGAUAUCGGCAACAAAAUAGGGGAUACCGUCAGUGGUUGGGGAAGAAGUUUGACAAUCUGGGAUAUAGAUUAG